AUGCUACCAAAACCAUGCCCUAGAACUACCAACUUCAUCCUCUGGCGCUUCCUGGAAGAAAUGGAAACACCUGACCCAAGAAAUUAUACCGAGAUACCAAAGCAAAAGAGGAAAAGGCCUGCCCAUCAAGAUUCCAACCAGCGUCCGGUCAAGGUCCCGAAGCAGUCCAUUCCUAAGACCCCGCAACCUCGACGUAUGAUGACAAGAUCUCGCAAAUCUGGAGACCUAUUAGGUCCGUCACCCACGACAGUUCCUCCGGGCUCGCAUUCUCCACCUUCCCCAGCCCCCAAAACACCAAAGUCAGCGCAGUACAACGGAUGCCGUUAUCGCAAACGUCGGUUUGAGCUGUGGGUUCAGAAAAUGUUGAAGUCUGAGUCGGACCCGACCAAGAAGCAGGAGGUGCUGGAGGAAUGA